ACCGUGAUGACGCCCGUCGCCUCGAAUGCUGCUCCGGGAAACGCCAGGUUCAUGGCGGAGCAGUCGGGCAGCGCAAGGAUGGGGCCGGCAUAUGCGUUCUCGAUCCUGCAGGGCAUCUUUGGAUUUGGCGUGCCAAGAUGUGAGCAAUGGAAUGUGUCGCAGUCGCCGCCGUAGCACGGGGUCGACGAAUAUUCCGCCAUGUUUCGGAUUCAGCUCAACGGCAGGCGCACGGCAAGGGCCGUGGUGAGAGGGAUGAAGGCCUGGCAUUUUGCGAGACAUACCGUAGCCGAGGUGGUGGUCGUGCACAGCAGGGUAGAAGAAACGCACGCGGACCCGAAGGCAGGCAAGAAUCUGUACAAGACGAGGACGGUGAGACUAUACUUCUCAUGGGGGAGGCCUGCGCGGAAUCAAGUCGAGGUCGAGGAUGUGCGUGUCGUGCAGGAUGAGAAGAACGGAGAAUUCCUUGACCGGCGCAAGACCGUGAAAAGGCGGACGCCUUACACGCUGCGGGAAGUGUCCUUGGACCGGGACUCGAAGCCGUACUGGACGGCGCCCAAGUACAUGCUGGAUGAGUUCGUCAACCGCGUGAGAGGGCGUCCGGGCUCUGGUGCUUGGGUCACGACGGCGGACAGUAUGGUACUGGCAACGAUGGUUGACCUGGCAUACAAGAGCUACUUGAAGACGGCCACCCCCCGGACGGUCGACUUCCACGUGCCAGGGCCGGUUUCGCCAAACUCCGUGGAGAAUACCGUCAGCAGCUCCUCAGCGUCCGCUCGCCCGGGACACAGAUCGGGGCUGAGCGGCCAGCAGAAUGAGCUGCAGUCUCACGUCACUUCCCGGUCUAGGAAGCAGGUUCAGAGUGUGAAUUGGGGGCCUGUUGCCCCUCCCAUCCUCAGUUACAGGCCUGUCCGCACCAGCAGGGAUAAGCUCAAGUGCACGCCUGUCAGCCUUGGGCCCGUCUCCAUCGGCCCGUCCAUCCUCCGAGCCUGUGACACCCUCAGCGCCCGAUCCCUCCUCAGCUACAGGCCGGUCCCCACCAGCAGGGAUAGCCUCAAGUGCACGCCUGUCAGCUCUGGGUCUGCCGGCAUGGGCUGGCCCAUCUUCAGAGGCCGGGACGACUUCCGGCCAAGCGACUGCCUCUGCUCAGACGGAAGCACCCAGUCAGAGGAGUGCCUCCGGUUCAGGUCAGGAACCAGCUUCCGGUCAGGGGACUACCUCCGGCCAAGCGACUACUUCCAGUCAGGGACCAUCUUCCAGUCAGGCGCCGUCUUCCAGUCAGACGCCGUCUUCCAGUCAGGGAGCAGCCUCAGGUCAGCGUCAAACCCACCCUGA